AUGACCGACCUAUAUCCAAUUGUCAUCCCUCCAUUUGAACAUAGAUUCAAAGCUGUCACCUAUACAUGCAGCGGAGAAGGUCUACGCAAAGAUGGUCAUUCUUACGAUCCCAACGUCGAAAAAUUCAUACCUCCCAAAGCUCAAAAGUUAGGCAAUAAUAUUGGAGCGAGACCAGCAGGUUGGUGGAAAGCCCAAUGCGCAUUCAGAGGAUUGAAACAAACUGGAUCCAUCGCCGAAUUACAGUCGAGGUUGGGAGGAGCGAAGAAAGAAAUGGAUCCAGAGCUGAAGGCCGCAGAGUCCCAAUUGAUCAAGGAUUUCAUGAAGCAAAACAAACUUGCGAGAGAUGGCGAUUGGGAUAAAUUAAAGACUGCCGAGGAAAAGGCUGAUGCUAAUCCACAAAGAUACCUCAACGAAGCGUUUCCGAAAAGUGCCACGGGAGAACUAGCAAAGCCGGAUAUUAUCAUUGUUAAGAAUGAACAUAAAGCUGCCUUAGCUGAAGCUGCGCAUAAGAUGGGAUUGGAAUCUUUGUUAGUGGAUGCCCCUCGGGUGGGUAACAAACGGCCUUCUCCAGAUCAGUGGGUAGUAGUGGGGAGAAUUACAGAUGCUGUAUUGAAUCAGAAGCGUGAGCUUGAACGGGCAGCGACUCGGCCCAAGGAAAACAUACCAAAGAAAACCCCUGGAGAUCGACCAAAACAAACAGCAAGGAAAUCUGUACCCAGUUCAGGAACGCACGACAAUGCGUUUGAUGAAAUUGGGACUCAGCAAGCACGCCCAAUACUACCACUACCACGGAGAAAACAGGGAGCUAGGAAAAUUGCUCCAAGCGCUGCCACUCAUGAUAAUUUGUUCUCCGAUAGUGAUUCUCAUGGUCCCAACCUUCCGGGACCAGCUCUUCGAGGCCCCAAAAAACAGACGGCUGUAAAGUCUACCAGUAGUACUAGCACUGAUUCAGACAUAUUUUUUGAUAGUAAUACUGAGAAUCCAGAAAGUCCGGGGCCAGUUUCUCCAGGCCCCAAAAAACAGACGGCUGUAAAGUCUACAAGAAGUACUAACACUCAUCCAGACCUGUUCGUGGAUGAUGGUGAGGAUGAAGUCGCUCACAGACAGCCAGCCGCGAAAAGAUUACGGACAUCGGCCAGCGGCGCGCGAGCCAAUUCAAGCGCAGCUGAGUCGGAAGAUCUAUGGGAUGUUCGAGGUUCUUAUGUGGUCGAGUGCCCAGAUAUUGAGGAAGAAUGGGGAGAGAAAGACUCGGACCUUACUCUUGACAUUUACGUGGAAAAGAAAAAUGGAAGACAUCAGAUUUUUGCAAUGUUCAAUUUUAUAGUUGUCGAGGGCAUCAUGCGAUUUGAAAGACCAACUGGUGUGCCAAGUCCGAAGAAUGCUGAUAAAAAGAGAAAACGAGAAAGCACUUCUUCCAUAGAUGAGGAUGGAGAUGUUAUGAUGAGUGACGUUGCUCAAAAUGUUGCGAGUAAUAGUAAGCACAAAGAAAGUGCCUUUUUUCUUGGAGUCAACGAUAAGCCCACAGCCCGGUGCCCUACAUGGCCAUAUCGCUGGAGAGGCGAGGAGACUGGCGAAGGAGAAAUUCAAGUUGGCUCUGAUAAAAGGUUGGAGAGUAUCACCUUUGACGACAAGAACAAGUCGUUAUCAGGCACGUUCACGUGUGGUUUCGCAGGGAAAUGCAAGUUCACGGGUUUGAAGGUAAAUAACCGUCCGCAUGAUUCACGAAUUGAUCCAGAGAGUCAAUGGGAGAGCCGCAGCGAGGCUGCUUAUGAGGAGACACUGCAGACAAGGUGGAAAUGA